AUGUCAUUAACACCUAAGGAAGCUUUUGCUAAACUUCCACAGAAACUUCAUAAGUUCUUUAUGAAAUAUCCACCUAGACCAUUUGCUCAAUAUGCUGAUAAACCAAGUACAGUAGAUGAUCCAUUAAAGAAUCCAUUUAUGCCAAAUAAAACCAAAACAGGAGUAUGGCAUACAGCUAAAUAUUCACGUAGAAGAUCAGCUGAUUUAUAUAAGUUAGCAUAUAAGUUUGGUAUUCAUACUUUAUUACCUCCAACCCCAAGAAAAUUCUAUGAAGAUAAAUAUGAAAAUAAGAACUGGAUGAGAGGUGUGUUAUAUAAUAAGAAAUCAAAGAGAGAAAGAGAAAGACCAGAGAAACUUGCUUCCAAAGAAGAAGCAUUGGCAAAGAUGGAUGAAACUAUUCUUGCUGCCAGACCAGAAUUUAAGAAGAAGUUUGCCAAACUAGAAGAAAAGAGAAAGAAGGCUUGGUAUUAA